CUUUUUGCCCACAUGUUCAAAAUAUGGUCGCGUCGAAUACACACCUCUUCGCCGGCCGCCGCCACGACUGCUAAAUGGACACCAAACUCGAUACGAACGGGCCUCAUUGCAAGGAAACGAGGGAUGACUGCUCUCUGGACGGACCAAGGCGCACGAAUACCAGUCACUGUUCUGCAGAUUGAAAACUGCCAAGUCACCGCGAAUAUAACAACGAAACGCGCAGACCGCACAGAAUACCAUGCAGUACAAGUUGGCGCGUCAGACAAGCCAGCAAAGAACGAAACAAACCAGAUGCUUGGCCAUUUUAACAAAGCUGGUGUGCCGCCAAAGCGGAUUGUGAAGGAGUUUCCGGUGUCUCCCGACGCGCAUGUGCCCGUUGGGACGCAACUAUCUGCUAUUCACUUUGUCCCUGGGCAAUUCGUAGAUGUCGUUGCCAAUAGCAUUGGCAAGGGCUUCGCUGGCGGCAUGAAACGAUGGAACUUUGGUGGUGGUCAAGCCAGUCAUGGUGCUUCAAUAUCACAUCGCUCAAUAGGUUCCACUGGUCAGCACCAGGAUCCCGGUCGCGUCUUUCCUGGCAAGAAAAUGCCAGGCCGACUUGGAGGCAAGAGAAUAACUGUCCAAAACCUGCCUGUGGUUCGCGUUGACACAAACCUUGACCUGAUAUUCGUCAAAGGCGCAGUUCCUGGUUUUGACGACGCUCAUGUAUUGGUCACGGACGCAAAGAAAAAGAUGUUAGCGCCCAGCCAGCACAAUCAGGCCAAAGGACUCUAUGAGAAAGUCCUUCCAACUGGCGUUGACGACCUUCCAUUCCCAGCUGGUACUGCGCAACUAGCCAAAACCCUCCCGACUGUGAUCCAGUCACCUGCAUAUCGUAGAAGUCCAUUUACACCGUACGAGUAA